AUGGCCGGUCGGCCCGGCUGGCCGGAGAGCCGGUGCGGACGGGGCGGGCGGCGUGGAGCCUCGGCAGGCCGAGCGGAGCCUGGCGGUCGGGAGCAGCCGCGGCCGCGCGGACGCAGACCCGCCCAGCCGGGCUCCCAGGCAGCGGGCCCCCAGGGGCGGGCGGAGGGCGGGCGCGCGGCCCGGCUCCUCCCGCCUCCGCACCAAUCCCGGCGCCGGCCCCGCCCGCCAUGGGGACCCGGCGUCUCCGCGACGCCCGCGGGGGUGCGCUGGCGCCGUCGGAGGAGGGAGCGCCGCCCCCAGGGCCGGGCGCUGGGCAGGCUCGUCCCUCUGUCUGUGGCCGGCGUAGCCCGUGGACGGCUCUGCGCCCGACCAGUCGGGGCAGGUGCUGACAGACCACCGGGAAGAAGAGGGGCCGAAUCCCUGUCCCUGGCUUCCUGGAGAGCCCUUCAUUUGGAAAAUAUUGCAGAACACACAUCCAACCAAGGACUUGCAUCCAGAAGCUAUAACAACCCCUCAAAACUCAAAAAGACAUUGGGAGCACCUAGACGAAGGGGAGAUUCCUGCAGUGCUCUGGCAAGUGCUGUAGGUAAGAUGUCAAGGCCUGAAAGAAGAAAGGCAGAGUGACUGGUGGCCUCCAAAGAAGAGCUCCCUCCCUCUGCCUCCCUUGAGGACGCUUCCCACUUUCUAUUAGGGAGUGCGGGUUGUUGUGAUGAUGAGAGUCGGGGAGAUUCUGCAGUGGGAGGGGAUUCUGCACUUUCUCCCUAGUGCCACCCACACGCACGGCUUCCAAUAUCUUCCAUACGUUAGAGACAAGUUACCUCCUCUAAGCUCCAGGGAUGUGCCUCUCACAGGGCCCUUAGACUCUCCAGAACUGACCUCACAAUCUUCCCUCGAACCUGCUUCUUAUCCAAAUGUUUCUUUUACUGGAAAUGGCAACCUCCUCCACCAGUUGCACAAUACCCCAUAGGAAUAGUAGUAAAUACCCAAUAAAUACUUAUUGUAUGGAUAAGUGAAUGAAUAUUUGUAGUAUAGGAAAUGGUCUUAUCGCAUGUAAGUUUUGAGGAAAGUUACCUCCUUUGAGCUAGCUUGGGAAGUCCCAUGCCUGUUCCCACAAUGCUGGAGAGAUCAAGACUUAAAUAAAGUUCCAUGAGACUGCAUGCUGGAACUGGUUCUUUCUCUUGUGUUACUCUGGGACCUCACUGAGACUACAGCUACAGGCAGCAAGAGGGUGGGGCAUUUCCGGUCCUGGGGACACAUAUAUUGCUUUUCCUUGCAAUGACUGACUCUUGCUCAUUUCUAUAUCGCCUGUGCCUUGGCGCAGUCCUGGAAUGCAGAAGAUACUUGAUAAAUGUUUGAAGGAAUGAAUAAAUACUUGAAUUAAUGAAUGAAAGAAUGAAACAACUCCAUGGUCUAAGUACUAUUACUCUCUUUUUACACAUGGGGAAACCAAGGCUCAGAGACUACCCAACUAGGAAGCAGCAAAACUGGGGUGCAAACCCAGUCAUCUUGGUUCCCAGACCAGUGAUCCCUCUACUGCAUCAGGAAAGUUAUGACAACCAAGUACACAUCUCAUUUCAUUUUCCUCCCAACUAGUAGUUC